GCCAGCGCCGCCCAGCGCCCGGCGCGUCCCUCGGGACCCGUGCAACCCCUCGAGUGCAUUUUCUUCCGAACUGGCGCCCUCCCGCGGAGCUCCACCUCGGCCCUUAUUGUUUUGAGACGGAGGCUUUGAAAUCUGAGCUGCCUGGCUGGAUUUGAACUUGCGAUCCUCCUACCUCAGCCUCCCAGAUCAAGGAAGGCUGACGCCUUCACGCCGGGCUCCACGGUUCAGAUUAAAAUUUCUUUUCCCCAAGUGCAAAUUUUUGUUGUUUGUGAGGACGUAUGUCUGCAGGGCUUUGUGUCGCUCUGAGCGCUGUCCCGCGGCUCGGCCAGCCCCGCUGACCCGCUCGGUCUUGCGGAGCAGCGCGGUCUGGGACUCGCGUAGUAAGCGAGUGGAGCUUGGGAGACUGCGGACUGCGCGACUGCAGAUAGCUGUGCUUUCCUUUCCGUGUGCUCAGCUUCCAAAAGCAAGCAGCUACUACAUUUUGUAAUUAGGAAAAAUAGUUUUCAUUUUUUGAACCCAUGGAGUCUCACGCUACUUGCCUAGGGCUUUUUGGGGUUUACUAAGCCAAGGUCUCCCCAGGUUGCCUAUACUGGCUUUAACCACAUGAUCUUGCUGCUUCAGCCCCCAGGCAGCUGCAGCUACAGGCGUGUGUGACAGGGACUUCGGAUGUUGGACAGUCUGUCCCCUAAGGGUUGACCUCCAGCUCCACCUCCUGGCGAAACCCUGAGUACAGGCCUGGCCUCCUCCACCCGGCCCCGCCCCCGCAGGUCGGCGCAGAGGAUCCCCCCCCCAUGCUGAAGCUGGCCAGCAGUCUAGGUCUUCCAGGGCAGGAGGUGCAGGUGUCCUAGAAGCCCAGUACAGAGCUCAGCCCUGAGAGCGGCUCAUGGAGGAGUAUGGCCGGGCAGGGGGAGCUGCCCCAGUGGUGGACGUCGGCGGCGUGGACAGGGUCCAGCGGGUCCGGAGCCAGCCCCGGCCAUUGCCCACACCCAAGAGAUUGUUUUCCUAAUUUCUUUCUCAGGGAGUUCAGUUUUGGCAUAUAAAAGUGCUGGCACAUCUGUCAGGAGGUGCGUUCAGCUCUGCAGCAGGGGAGGCAUUCAGGUCCCAAAGAGGAAAUGGGUGUCGGCUGGGCUUUGCUGCCAGUCUGAGCUUUGUUGCCAGCUUCUGCUGGUGGCACAGGCUUGGGGACAGCAGCUUCUCCAGGAUUAGGAACAACCCCUCCUGGGCUUAGAGCUUCGGUAGCGGCCAGGGGAUCCAGCUCAGUGGGCCUGGCUCAGGCGUAGGGUGUGGGGCUGGGGUUUGCUGGCAGAGCCCUCCUCCAUCCUCCCGCAGCUGUGUGGACACCUGUGCCAGGGGUGCUUUGCCGGAAGUGCUUUGUGCGUCUUCUGAGUUCCAGAACUCAAAUCCGAGUCCAGGGAGCUCAGCUGACUCACAGAAACCUGGCUGCCAUUGUGAGCGUUCUUGGCAGUGGCCCAUGAUUUGUCUCAGAGAAAUGAAACCAAAACUUCCUCAGGCCUUAGCUGCUCCAGUGUUAAGUACGAGGCAGAGGUGUGGGUGAGGAUUUAUGCGCAUGUGAAAAAGACGGGAGAUGGUCACUGGAUCAGAACAUGCCAGAGGACACGGGGUGCCUGGAAAAUCCUAGAAGACACAGGGUACUGGUUUGUCCGGAUGGGAAGGACUCAGAACGGUAGGUGAAACAAGACAGGAGUGCUGGCCAGCCAGGGCUGGGUGUAAGAGCAAGGACUGGGCUUGCAGGGUACCUUGGCCUAUAGGAGGUGACUCUGGAAGAAAGGAGUGGCGUGUAGGUAUGUGGCAGGUGUGCCCUUUGAGAGGUCCAGCCCACUGGCCACACCUGCCUCCGAGCUUUUUGGUGGAACACGGCCUGUUCUUUCUUGCCAUGGCUUUGGGAAGUUCUUGGGCUUUUUUGUUCUAAGAUUCAUUUGCAGACACACCAAGGAAGCUCUAAAAGCAUUUUAUGUUGUUUUAUUUCUUUUCACAGCACUGGGGCUUAAACUCAGAGCCUUCCCACUGUGCUAGUUCCUCGGUCCCUUUUUAUUUUGAGACAGGGUCUCACCAAGUCAUUAGGUUGUUCAGGCUGGGCUUCCACUCAGCCUCGCAGUGCUCUGGGAUGACAGGCAUGUGCCACCCUCUCUGCUUCUGAAGGCAUUCUAAAUGCGAUGCCAUAGUUCCUCUACGGCGAGCCCUUUAUUCUCACACCCGUAUUUCCUUUUAGUGCUUGUUAACUGAAACGAUAAACUUGCAUGUGGAAGACACAGUAAGUCUUUAGUUUCCGACCCUCCAAGAUUCUCUGGCUGAUUGUCCGAUGUUGUACAGUGGAUGUGGUGUGAGGCAGAGUUGCUGUCCUUCAUCUGAGGUUUUGCUUUGUGCAGAAACUGCUAUAGGCAGCUGUGAUCUGAAACUACGACAUGGAAAGUUCCGAAGUAAACAAUUCUCAGGCUUUUAACUGCGUGCCUUUUCCAGCAGGCUGAUGACUCCACCUGCUAGCUUGUGCCCGGACGCUUGUGCCCCGAGGCAGGCCGUCCCUUUCCCAGUUUCCGUACUGCACGCCCCACCCUGCUGGUGGUCACCCAGGAGCUUGCACAGUUGGUUCUUGCUGGCACGCAGUACCCUAUGUCCACUACUUAAGGAGGAGAGGUUUAUUUUGGCUCAGAUUUUUAGCCCACUGUCAGCAGAUUGCAAGGCAGGAAGCACUUGCUGGGAGCAGGCUUGGCAGACGAGCUGCUCACCUCUUAGCAAACUGGAAGCAAAGAUGGGAGGAGCUGGGGGGGAGAUAGACAUUUCCGGCCAGCGAAGACCCCCCUCACGCCAGGCUCCGCCCCAAAGCCACGCCUCCUCCCGAGGGCCACCCAGCCCCAGCCCCAGCCCCAGCCCCUCUGGGACCCCUCCUAGCCCAAGCUCUUGCGCCUGAGCCGAGCUCCGCUUGUGCACUUGGCCGGUGGUGUGCCUGACCCUAGGCUCACUACGUCCUGGGAGCAGUGGUGAGGCCGGCUUGGGGCCGCGUCCUCGCCUGCACCGUGUGCCAGUCACUGCUGUGUGCUGUCUCUGCCUGCACUGGCUCGGACAUCAGCCUGUCUCCGUAGGGUCAUCCUUACAGGAAGAGCUUAGGAUUCGGGGCAGUGAAGAAGGGAGACCAAGUUCCAGCAGAGGUUCCCACACAGGAGAGCUAACUCCCUUUGACUGGACGCUUCCCCAGAAUGAAUGCCAUGAAACGGGGCUGCCCAGGCCACUGCUGAGGGCCAGGAGCCCCUGCCUGCCACCCUCACCAUGACGCUGCCCACGGAGCUCAUCCACCGGGUGGAGGAGGCACUGGAUGAGGAGGAGAAGGAGGUGCUGGCUUUCCUGUGCCGUGACGUCGCUGUGGACCUGCUGCCCAGCAACGCCCGGGACUUGCUGGCCGCGCUGAGUGAGAGGGGCCAGCUGUCCUUUCUGGGCCUGGCUGAGCUGCUCUACAGGGUGCGGCGCUUCGACCUGCUCAAGCGGGUGCUGAGGAUGGACCGGGUGGUCCUGGAGACCCACCUGCGCAGGCACCCUGGCCUCGUGUCCAACUACAGGGUGCUGAUGAUGGAGAUUGGCGAGGAUCUGGACAAGUCCGACAUGUCCGCACUGACUUUCCUCAUGAGGGAUUACACAGGCCGUGGCAAGACAGUAAAGCAUAAGAGUUUCUUGGAACUCGUGAUUGAAUUGGAGAAAUUGAAUCUGAUUGCUCCAGAUCAAUUGGACUUAUUAGAGAAAUGCCUAAAGAACAUCCACAGACUAGACCUGAAAACAAAAAUCGAAAAGUAUAAGCAGUCUGCUAAAGAAGCACAAACAGGUUACCUGAAUUCUCUCCAAGCUUCUUUCCCAAACUUGAGUCUUACAGAUCUUUCACGUAACUUAAGGCUGCAGAACGGAAGAAGUAAAGGACAAGGACUUGAGAUACAUCAUCAAAAACCCACAAAGAUGUCUGUUCAGGAAUCCGGAGUCUUCUUGCCUCAGUACAUGCCCGUGGAGAGAUAUCGGAUGCAGAGCAGGCCCCUGGGCAUCUGUCUGAUAAUUGACUGUAUUGGCAAUGUCGCAGAUGGCCUUCGAGAUACCUUUUCUUCCUUGGGCUUCGAGGUCCAGUGCUUUUUGUGCCUUCCCGUGAAAGACAUGAUCCAGGUUCUCCACCAGGUGGCCUCCUCGCCCCGGCACCAGGGCCGUGACAGCUUUGUGUGUGUCCUGGUUAGCCGUGGGGACCCCCACAGGGUGUUUGGUGUGGGCCCGGCCCACCUGGGGCUGCCUCUGGAGCAGGUGCGGACGAUGUUCACCGGCGAUGCCUGCCCUUCCCUCAUUGGGAAGCCAAAGCUCUUCUUCAUCCAGAGCUACAUGGUAUCAGAGACCGAGCCAGGUACCAGCAGCUUCCUGGAGGUGGACGGGCCAGCGUCGACCAGUGUGGCAUCCGUGGAGCCACAGCCACUGCCCCACACACUGCACCGGGAGGCCGACGUCCUAUGGAGCCAGUGCAUGGCCCACGCGUGCCUGCUGGAGCAGCCUGGGGCCUCACCCUCCCUGUAUCUGCAGGGCCUUUCGCAGCAGCUGCUACAGGACAGAAAACACCCACUGCUGGACCUGCAUGUCGAGCUCAACCGCAGAGUGUACGACUGGAACAGCAUGGUUCCCGCCCAGCAGAGGUACAGCCUCUCCCUGCAGCACACCCUGAGGAAGGUGCUCAUCCUGUCCUCCACCUGAUGCUCAGGCCUCUCCUGGCCAGGAAGCUCCAUCUCCAGGGAAGAGCAGGGUGCAGAGCGCACCUGUGAGUGCAGUGCAAGGUGCAGAGCCCAGCCGGCCCCUUCCAGAGCUGGACUGGAAUCUAGGCUUGUACUGUUUCCUCUGUGAGGAAGCCAUGGCCGGUGGGGCUGAAAUAUGCGGAGGAGGGAAGAGGUGAAGAGAGGAGACGAGAGGAGAGGACAGGACAUAGGGAAGG